AUGGCGUUGUUUUUUGGUGGUAAUCCUUUUGCUUCGCCUGUAGGCAAAAAAAUAGCCACUGAAUCUUCAUUGCCUUCUGAAAACUGGGCUUUAAAUAUGGAAAUAUGUGAUUUAAUUAAUGAAACAGAAGAUGGACCUAAAGAUGCUAUCAAAGCAAUACGAAAGCGUCUAAAUCAAAAUGCAUCCAGAAACUUUCAAACAACAAUGUAUACUUUAACUGUUUUGGAAACAUGUGUAAAAAAUUGUCAAAAAAAAUUCCAUGUUUUAGUAUGCCAAAAAGAUUUUAUUCAGGAACUUGUGAAACUUAUCGGACCAAAAAAUGAUCCUCCUGCAGAAUUGCAACAAAAAAUUUUGAGUCUUAUUCAGUGCUGGGCUGAUGCAUUUAAACAUCAACCUGAACUUAAUGGAGUAGUUCAGGUUUUUAAUGAAUUGAAACAAAAAGGACUAGAAUUCCCUAUGGCUGAUGCUGAAGCUACAGCUUUAAUUCACACUCCUAAAAUGUAUGCAGCAGAGGAAUCGACUGUUCCUAAAAUGACCUCGAAUGAAAAUUCAUCUUCAAAUCAAUCAGAAUCAUUGAGUUCUAAUCAGCUUGGAAAAUUAAUGUCAGAACUCAGGGUUGUCGAAGGUAAUAUGACAGUUUUAAGUGAAAUGUUGGGUGAAUUAGUACCAGGAAAUGAACCACCAAGUGACUUGGAACUUUUAAAGGAAUUGUAUUCGACAUGUCAAGCAAUGCAAGAAAGAAUAGUAGAAUUAAUUAGUCAAAUUUCCAAUGAUGACAUAACUGCUGAGUUAUUACGAGUAAACGAUGGACUAAAUAAUUUAUUUUUGAGGUAUGGCAGAUAUGAAAAAAAUAGAAAAAGUAUUAUAAAUGAUAAAAAAACUGCUGAGGGACCUCUUAUUGAUCUUAACGAUACUGGUUCAGAGGAUGUUAAUCCUAUUGUUAAUCAAUUAUCAUCAUUAUCGGUCAAUAGCUCGACCUCCUCUUUUACGGUACCUAAAACGUUGUUACCACAGGAAAGCAUGGUUGGUAAUAAAGAUAAGACAUUUAAAUCAUUAGCGCAAAAUAACAAUUUAACCGAUGCUUUGAUUAAAACAGAUCAUGCGUCAGAUGAAAUGAGUAAAGAUUUUGCUAAUUUAUCUAACAAUACGAGCGGAGCUAAUUACUCAUCAAGGUCACCCAACAUGCAUCUGGAUCAAGAUUUUGACGAAGUUGCCAAUUGGUUGGGAGAAAAACAAGAGGAAUCUCUAACGAGUAGCGAAUUUGAAAAAUUUUUGGCCGAGCGUGCUGCAGCUGCAGAUAAUUUGCCUUCUGAAUCUGAUAGUAACAAUACAAGUUCAUCUUCUAGAAAGCAAAAUAAAGAUUCCAUGUUCAUUCUGUGA